AUGGAUCGCCUCGGAGUACUUGAAAUCAAUGAUGGAUCUGCUCCUCAGAAAAAGCAGCGAAAGCAGACCCAACUUCCAGGCAAGACAGGUCUUAGCGAAAAACGUCGACCAAGAAAGAAGAGCACGUUCUGCUGCUUUACAAUCGACGAGGACAGUGACGGUGGCACCCCUUCAAAACCCAUCCAGAAACCUAUGCAACAACGUCCAACUGGACCAUCACCAUACCAAACUCCAUAUAAAGGAGCCCAAAAACCAAAACCCACCUCGGCCCAACGCCCCCAAAACGGCCGAACACUCAUCAACAUCCUCACAAACCCAAUCCCUGCUAUCCUGGAUCCCCCAACACUACCGCCACAAACAACCUCAACCCUCCUCACAGAACUAGCCAAACCAAUCUCAGAAGCCGACGACGAAGGCUACAUCUACAUGUUCUGGGUAACGCCCCAGAAAACAACAAGCACAAGAGGCGAACCACCAACCCUGCCAUCGCGAGAACUAGCAGCUUCCCUCAUCCCACCAGCCCAACCAAACAACAGCACCCAUCUCCGGCCCCCAGCCCAAUCUCGCAGCGUGAGCGAUGCACUCCGCACCGCGAAGGAUCUCAACGCUCUAUCCUCAAACCCGACAUCGAUAAGUCCAGGCACGAUACGGCUUAAGAUUGGGCGCACGAGUAAUGUGCACCGUCGGUUGAAUGAGUGGUCGAAGCAGUGUUCGCAUGAUUUAACGCUUAUUCGAUACUAUCCUUACACGUCUUCUUCUUCUUCAUCAUCUUCGCCGGCUAGGAAAAAGGAAAAGGGCGCUGCUGAGAUGCUAGCGCCUGGUCGGAAAGUUCCGCAUGUUCAUCGUGUUGAAAGGCUUAUUCAUCUUGAGUUGGCGGCGUUGAGGGUUCGGGAUCUUGGGAAGUGUGCGGAUUGUGGGAAGGAGCAUCGAGAGUGGUUUGAGGUUGAGGCUAGUAAGGAGGCGCUUAAGAGUAUUGAUGAUUGUGUUCGGAGGUGGGUUUCUUGGGGUGAGUCUAUUUGA